AUGGAUGGAAUAUGUUUUUGGGAUUUGGGCCCUGGAUGGAAAAGUGAUUCCCAUGGAAGUGUUUCAUUUUCAACUUUAUCAGUUUCUUCUCCUUUGCCCUUAUCUGUUAUAGACCAUUCUCAAAUGGUUAGUGCUUUGUUUAGACCUCCAGUUGCUUCUUAUUUUCGUGUCCCAUUACGGCCAUCAUAUCUUCCUGUUCGUUUAUUAUUUAUUGUUGAAUUAAUUUUACUUUCAAAAGAAGGGGAAGAAGAAGGAUUUGUUUCUUUAUCAAAUAUUAAAUUAGUUAAUAAUGAAGGGAUUGAAAUUGGUUGUCAAACAUUGGAAGAUAAUAAUUAUUUAAAAACAACAACAAUUUCUUUUAUUAAAGAAGAGGGAAAAGAAGAAGGAGAUGAGGAGAAUAUUAAAGAGUAUGAGCGUAAAUUAUUAUCGGAUGCCGGUAUAGAAUGGCUAGCUAAACAACCAACACCCCUUCGAUUACCUUUAUUAACAUUAAAUGACAUUUACCCCCAAACAACACCAACAACACCUUUACAAACACAAUUUAUUAACCCAAUUCCACAACCUAAACAAACAAUUUUUAAAAAUUCUAUUUUACAAAAAGGAGCUUUAAUAACGACAAAAACAUUUAAUCCCUUUCAGGUUAAUUUUAAUUUUGAAAUUUUUGUCAGAAAUUGUUGA